UGCACAGGAAAAAAACAGUAGGAGAGGCAGAGCAGCAUUGCUCUGCUCUCCAGUUAAAUCCUUUCUGCGUCUUAUCAAAUGUACUUGAAAACAUUUAUUUAUUUAUUUUUUUUUAUUAUCCAGUGACUAUUUUUUUUCGUUAUCUGUGUGAGCAGGUGGUGCGGAAAUGCAACGAAGGCGCUCGCACGAUGGAGAGGACAGAGAUGAUGUACACAAUCAACACUCAGCUGCAGUUCAAGAUUAAGCCUUUCCCGCUGGUCUCGUCCUCCAGGUGGAUGGUAAAAAGAGGCGAGCUGACUGCAUUCGUGGAGGACAGCGGCAUCUUCACGAAGCGGAAAUCCCGACAACACGUCUACUUCUUCCUCUUCAACGACGUUCUCAUCGUCACCAAGAAGAAGGGUGAGGACAGCCACACAGUCAUAGACUACGCCCUGCGGGAUCAGAUCCAAGUAGGCAGCAGUCAGCCGGAGGACGUUCACCUCUCACCGGUCAAGAGUCCCACGAGCAUGCUGAGCUCACGGCAGGUCGGCGCAAACCAUCUCUUCCGGCUGUGUUUCCGUAGCAACCACUCCAGCGAAAAGGUGGCAAUGAUCCUCGGAACGGAGUUGGAGAAUGAGCGCGCGCGCUGGAUCAGUGCCCUGGGCCAGAAUGACAACAAUGACAGGAGACAUGACAGAACCAAUGUUACGCAGGUUGAGGUGAUAAGGACGUACACGGCGAAGCAGCCAGACGAGCUGUCGCUGCAGGUGGCCGACGUGGUGCUGGUCUCCCAGCACGUGGACGGCUGGUACGAAGGCGAGCGGCUGCGCGACGGCGAGGCCGGGUGGUUUCCCGCGGAGUGCGGCGAGGAGAUCACGUGCCAGGCCACCAUCGAACGCAACAUGCAGAGGAUGGACCGGCUGCAGGGGCUGGAGACCAACGUGUGAGCCGCGCCGACCGAGCGACCGUCCGGCUGAACUUUUCGGCUGCGGAUUCAGCACCUGCCCGGGUUUCAUCCUGCUGAGCACCGACUCGGGAGGAGAACAAAAACUAAAGCGGAUUCCUUUAAUUAGCUAUCGCUCUCUGAGUGGGUGGGGGUGGCCCCGACAGCAUGUCACACUGAUUAACUCUCUGGCUGGUUGAGGAAAAACUCCACGCACACCGCAGCCGAAGCAGCUGCUGUCAACACCCUGCCACGUAACAACUGUUGCUGUUAAAUUUAUAAAUGUGUUUUUUUGUUGUUGUUUUUUUGUAAGUGGCGUGCUGCGUAAUGAUUACAAUGGCGCUGCGGGAGGUAAAGCAAACCCAAUUAGAGGGAAUCUGACAGCAGCCCAGGCGCGCCCCGCUAACGAGGCUCCGGCCGGACGAUAAACCCCCCCCCCCCCCGUAACUCGUGUCGCUACAAACUUGGAAAUGUGUUUCAAGCAACAGCCGAGCAGAAGAUCAAAUCGAAAUCCAUAUGUACAUAGAGAUGUAAAUACUCAUAGCUGAUUAAAAAAAUAAUAAUAAUAAAAAACAAAACAAAAACAAAUUACAGCCAUCAGGGAAGAAGAAGGGAUCUAUUACGGCAUCCAGUCGAGCAGAAGGGCCGAGUAUCUGCACUCCAACUUGCCGUUUGUCAGCGGUUAAUGUCACCUUCAUGAAUCAGACUCUACAUUUACGUCUCAAGCACCAUUAUUCCCCCCCUCCAUCCCCCCCCCCCUCACUCCAUCAGUACUGCAGUUUGAACGGCGGGAAAUAUCACUAUUGAUGCAAGCCAGACGUGGCGGUGUAUAAAUAAUCCCAUGUAUGUAUAUUUUAUGAAUGCAUGUGACGCUGAAGAAAUUGUGCGUCUGCCGUCGGUGAGACCAGACCCCUGCCUGGCCCCUGCUUUUAAUGCGAUUGUCCGGUGUGUGAGUCAUCAUUUAUUGUUGCCCGGCUAAAGGGGGGGAGGGGGGGGGAGGAAAAAAAAAAAAAAAAAAAAGGGGCCUGACCAAUGGAUGGGG